CCAAAUCACUCACCAUCAUCUUAAGAGCAGUCUCUCAUCAAGAGAAAGCGAAAGUAAUUAUGGACGCUGCUAGUACCCUACCUUCGACCUCCUCGACCUCCAGCCGCCUUGUUGACCUUCCCUCGGAGCUUCUUCAUCGCAUCCUCAUCCAUCUAGAUCCUUUCGAUCUGUCCCGUCUAUCGCAGACGUGCUCCGCUCUCUCGUCGCACAUCAACUCGUCCAACCACCUCUGGAAGCAGGUUUUUGAAGCUCAAUGGGAUGCCGGCUCGAGCCUGCAGAGUGUCGAGGAUCCCGUCUUGACGGAGCCGCUGCAACGUAGACGAGGCGGUUGGAAGUCAAUGACCACAGAGGAAACCAAGAAAAAAGGAAAGGGAAAGGAGAAGGAGAAGGCCAGGGCUUCCUCGGUCGAUGACGCUACCUCGGAGCGGGAAGCUAGGCCGCGGCUCUUCCUGACCGAUGAAGAGACUUUUGCGCAGCGGCACGACUUCGGAUUCGCAGAGCAGGUAAAGAGGAGGGCUGUCGCGAGAAAGACAAUGCUGAGAGCCAGGGAGAGACCUGUCGAGUUUAUCUCGAGCUACAAUCAAACUUUGCGAACGUUACUGGCCAUUGCAAGAUCCAGGAAACCAUUCCCAUGGAAUCACAUUGGUGGGGGAGAGUGGGAUGACGAAGAGGUCGGCGAUGGGGACAAUGAAAUUGGCGCCAAUGCCAAAUUCCUCCGGAGUCACCUCACGUCGCAGCGCAAGGAGGACGUCUUUCGGACGUACGUCUAUCCUCGGCGCGACAUUCGUCGCUUGAAGGAGUGGCAGCUGCAGUACCAGAAAGAAAGGUUUGGAAAGGGUAACAAUGCGGAAAGCGAAAAGACAGUCAUGGGCCCUUGUGGGUCAAAGGCCGCCGUCGCCGGCUUGAGAGGGGGAGACCAUGGUGAGAAGCGGGACCGAUCUUCAUCUGGUGGCAGCCAAGGGCUGGAUCGGAAGAGCUCGCAAUCGAAGGGUAUAAAGCGCCAGCGUAUCUCGUCGAAGUCGCUCUUGGACGCGGAGGGCAACGGUAUGGAUGACGAAGACGAAGAAGGGAAGGUCGUGAAUCGACGUCGUUCGACGAGACUGGCCCUCAAAAACUACCCCUCUGAUCUGCAACACCUCCUCUACGAGCAUCGAGCAUCGGGAAACGGGCCAAACGAAGGCGCUUUGCUGUCCAAAGCCGCCCGCAGCAGUGGAGCCGAGGGCUUGAGGAUGGGACGGCUCGAGGACGUCGAGACCGUCGACGAGCAGCUAGCCGCCGAGCUUCACGUCCUUCAUGGUACCCGACCUGGCCGUCACAUUCGAGAGGAGAGUCAAGGCGUGCUGCGAUCCGACGAGGGGAGAGAAGAAGACGAAGAAAGCGACUUCGACGAAGCAUAUUAUCGCGAUCCGCUCGACCAAGCAGAUGCGUCGCUGGCCAACAUGCACGAACCGCCGCUAGGAAGCUACCUAGGUCUGCAUGGUGACAAUCAACUGAGAGGAGCGGCGAGAGAGAUCGUAUAUGACAAUGCGAGGUAUGGACCCGAGACCAGCUAUGGACCUCUAAGGCCGUGGAGGGAGCGCUGUCUGGCACUGGACGGCCGACGCUUCGUGGAUCGGAGGCGGGAAAGAGAACUGGAAGAAGAAGGACAAGAACAGCAGGAAGCAGCUGGAAAUGCCGCCACUUUCGAGAACGACGGCCAUUCCGUCGAGGUUGCUCUGGAAGCCGCGCCAGAGGAUGAUCCGGACCAGCUCUUGAGCACAGGUGACGAAGGCGAAGAGCACGUUUCUGGCGACAAUGAGGACACGUCCGACGAAGAAGACGGUGGACCACAAAUUGACGCUCAUCAUGUAUUCAAUGAGGUCGGUAUGAGCGCCGAAGAGCUCAUUGCGCAGCUGACCAACGCUGGCAAUUCGGAUUACGAAAGCGACAGCGAAUACCAGUCCGACUCCAAUUCGGACACGUCAGAAUCGGACGACUCCGAGGCAGAGUUCUUCUUUGAAAUCAGGGAGACUGCCAUUGCCGUUUCGCAAGGUCUGCUCUCGCAUAUCGAGGCCCAACGCCUAAAAAAUGCUAUGAUUCACCACGGCUUCCUUAUGGGAUCUAAAGGCUGGAGAAGACCAACGAUGACGAACCCGAAAAGCAGCAGCAGUGGUAGUGACAGCAAUGUCAACAGCAACAAUAGCAAGACGGAAAGACCAGUGGAUGUUGGCGACUCUGAUCCCCUGCCGUGGACCUCGACUCGCGACGUUUGGAGGAUGGAAAAGCGCGUGGACUGGGUGACCGUCGAGGCCAUUAUGAUCGUCAUGUACUGCAACAUUCGCCACGCCGUGCUUCAUCACGGUUGGGGGACGGGCUUCCGCCUACCCAAGUGUGACUCAGAGGGGCGCAGCUUGAUGGGAAGGGACCCGAUGUCGAAACGAGUCGUCAUGCGUGACGGCAUCGCGCUCGACUGCCAGGCCUCACUUUUACGUCGCUGGUUUGAGGUCCUUUGUCCGCCAUGUGGUUGGGCUCAUUCGAGGGGCAGCCUUUCCAAUGUUCCUCAAAGGCCCCCUUCGCGGCAGCAAGAGGAAGAAGUCAAGCCGACGUCGUCUACUUCGCUCGGCAAAGAAAACGCAAGGAGCGAGCACGAUAAUGAGAAGCCGUUCGACUGGGCAAACGUCGAGAGCACCUGGAUUGGGACCUACGCUUUCCUAGAUUGGUCUCGAUGGGCAUCCUUCAAUGCCCGUGAUCCCAUCUCGAGAGGCCUCCACGAAGAGAGUGGCGCGACAAAUAUGGACCCUACCAAGCCCAGGCCGGUUCCGAUCACACCGCCAUCGCUAAAGAGAGAGCGGGAAGCCGUCGGAGACUGCCUGCAGCUCCGACUGGAGCUGCUUCCACUGAAAGACCAGGCCAAGCCGUUUGACGAACAAGACCGGCUGUUAGAAGAGCUGGAAAGAGGUGAUGAUGAAGAUGCUAGAUUCCCACGGCUGCGCUUCAGGGGCAGGACCAUCACUUUUGACGGUGGGCCCGACCCCACGCCCAGAGGCGAGGUCUACGGCAUGUGUAGGCCCAUCUAUGCGACGGCUGAUGAAGACUACUAUCGAGAGCGGGAGGCGGGUAAUGCGAGUGGCUACAGAGCCGAAGGAGAUACGACACGUAAGCCUCGAUCGGUUGUGGCCGUCCACUGGGACUUGGUCCAUCGUUAUGAUGGCGAAGAGUCGAUGGUCUUUGAGCGGUGUACAGGCAGGCCCGCCCGGGACACGGGCUCCGAUCUAUGGCAUAUGGGGCUCGUCAGUCCGACAAGAAGACACAUCACCCUGCGGUCCUUGGACGUACUACAUGGUGUCAGAACGGCCUUGGAGGGAAGUUGACCGGCUGCUCGCUGAGGAGCAACGCAUGGGCCUAGCGAGAGACGGGGAAGCCUUUUAGACUAAACUUCGUAAAUCCUCUCUUUUUUCACUUUCAUUUCGUCUCCUUUUUUCCUCCUUACGGAAACGCGCCAAAUCGAUUGGGUCCCAUUGAACCAUACAGUAUUAUUAGUGUCG